AAUGCGUGCUAUCUUUUGAUAAGCCAAAUUUGAUUGGCUAAAACAGCAAACAGGUUCAUGGAAACGGAAGUAAAUAAAUAUGGAGGAUAGACGAAAAAACUGAAUAUUGUAAAAUUAUACAUUGGGAGCCAUAAAGAGUUAUUCUUAAAUAUCAACCAUGGAACAAGAUCCAGAUGUCUAUGCUGAACAGGCCAAAAAACUCGUGGAUGAUGUUAUUGAAACAGCUAUAAAAAGACUUGAAACAAAUUUAUCUAUAAUGUCAGAGAAGGAAAAGACAUUUGAAUCUCUGAAAUUUAGUGAGAUGUCAAGAGAAUCAACUUUGAUAAGAGAAGAUGAUUAUGUCAUUGAUAAUAUAGCCUGGUUAUCUAUUGGUGAUUACUCUGUACAACUUGCAGAGAAGAAGAUUGACGAGUUUAUACAGACAUGGAAGUAUGACAAUAGCUGGUUAUAUUGUAUUGAUUAUCUGGGUGAAGAUGAGCAUGAGUUUGACGUGCGACACAGAUUCCGUGUACGAUGGAGUGUUCCUACUCGUAGAAAACCAAUACCAAGGGCAACUGCAUGUGUUUACUUUACAUUCCAAGUUUCAAAGAUCAAACCAAAGUCUCAUCCAGUUGAAGUAUUUUAUGUGUUUGAAACAAACAGAUUAGUACACAGUGCAAACCAAGACCUACAGCCCGGGCAGUCAAGGUUCCGGGAGAAAUGGCUGAAGGAUGUCAUCGAGAGCAAAGUUCUUAUGAUGCAAGCAGUAGCCUUCUGAACAAACUUACGUUACUAACCCUGUUAAAUACUAUUUUAAAGGGAAAAAAGCAAACAAAAAACAGAAAGAAAUGUUUUUUACGGAGCGUUUUCACCAACUAUAAAAGAUUUUUUUCUUUAUACAAAGACUUUUAUUUAUAUUUCUUACAUGUCAAUAAUUCUAUUUAAUAUUUCUUAUAUGUCAAAAAUUCUAUUUAUAGGAAGUUACUGUGAUAUUAUAAAUUUUGUAUUGAUUAUUAAAAGAUGUGUGUAACUUUAAA